GAUAGAUCUAUGUCCUAUCUCCCAAUUUGUUCAUACUCUAUUCUUUUCUGUUAUGUCUUACUUCAACUUAAGCUCAAACUUAAUUAUUAUUCAAAAAAUUAUUGUCAUCAUCUAAAACAUUUCAAGAUCAACGUGCACCCCAUUCCAACUCUUAAUUUUCUCUUUCAUUUUUCUAUUGCAAUUUGAUUCUCUAUUUUGACCAUUUUGUUGUUUGCAUUUUAGUUCUUAUCUCUUUCUCUUCCACCUCAUUUAUCCACAAAAAUUAGAGACAGUGUCACCAGAAAAAAAGAAGAAAAAAAAUAUACCCUUUUGUUUAUUUACCUUGGAGAAUGUAAAAAGGUGAUUUAUUUAUUUAUAUAACGGUAAUUUGGAAAUGAGUGGUAGUUAAAAUACUUGGCUAGAACUAAAAGUUCUUACAGAUAGAUUUUCCGGGAAAAUUUUCAUGUGGGGUUUCUUGUUUGGAGGUCAACUUGCUACUGAGGAGUUAAGAAGAUUCCAGAAGCAUUUAUAGAAAGAACUAGCUGCAAAUUUCUGAACCAAGAAAUCCUAACAAUGGAUGAAGCUUUAGGAAAACUCUACUCACUCAAGGAGUUCUCGACUAAAGAAAACGACAUGCAAGAUCUUGAGAUAUCUCUGCAAGCAUUAACGGAAAUAGAUCAUCGGUUCACGUAUUCUUCGGAGAAGCUAGUAAACUUGCAUAUUCUGUAUAUUUAUCUGUUGGCACGCGAAAAUGAUCUUGAAGAUAUGGACUCAAAGAAUAUCUGCAACUUAGAAAUAUUAUUUGAGAGUGCAAUGAUGUUUGAUCUAUUGUCAGGUAUCUUGGAUUCUGAGGUAAGAGAGCUCGACAGUUUCAUGGAAACUCUACAUGAAGAAAUUGUUGAUGCUCGUCAUAAAAUAUUGUCAUGCAGACAUUUGACUGAGGUUUUCUUUAUAAUGGAUGAAAAAUUGCAAGAUUCCGAAGAGUCUGCGAAGCAGUUUCAACAGCAGUUAUUGGAGUUAAAGAUUCAGUCGUCACAGUUACAGAAAAGUCUUGCAGCUUUUCAACACAAGAAUUGGGAAACCGGGAAGAUCCUGAGUUUAUCAGAAAAUGGUGAACUGUCGGAUGUGAAAGUGAAAUCCAAUGAUCAGACAGUAGAGCAACGGCGAUAUAUUCUGCGAAUGCUUGAGAAGUCUCUUGCAAGGGAGCUAGAUCUAGAAAAGAAGUUAGCGGAGUCGAGAAAUAACGAAGAAUUAAAGUUGAAACUUCGCUACACUGAACAAGUGGCGUUUUAUAUGGAAGAAGCAGCAGAAGUAGUUUGGGGAAGAUUUCUUGAGGCAGACAAUGCUACUGAGGUGUUAAUGGGGAUUGCUAAAGGUAUAAUGGGACGUCUCCAAGUAACCGAGUUCAACCUCAACAGUUCAAUGAAACGAGAAAAUGAGCUAAAAUCGAAAGUUCAAAAUUUAAUCGAACAACUCAAGGAUAAAGAUGUUGCUUUAGAGAAGCACAAGAAGUAUAAUGUUAAUGUCAGCAAUACUGAGGAAAACUCGGAGCUGUUGGCUUUGAGGGAAAAGGUGAAAUUUCUUGAACAAGAACGGAAGGAUUUUGAGGUUCAGAUAAAUUCUUUGACUGAAGAGAAUGAAGCAUGUAAUGAACAUCUUAUUGAAAUCGAAAAUUUUGCCGAAUCUCUGAAAGAAAGCAUUGACAUAUCAGAAAAUCGGGCUGAGAGUGCUGAAGCAAAGGUUACACAGUUAACUGAAACAAAUAUAGAACUUACCGAGGAGCUGAAUUUUCUUAAAGGGAGUGCUAGUACAGUCGAGAAAAAAGUCGGUUCUCUUGAAAAGCAAUUACGGGAAUUUGAUAUCCAACUACAGAAUGCAAAAGCAUCUUCUGAAGCAAGUCAAGAACAGCAGAAUAUGUUAUACUCUGCAAUUUGGGAUAUGGAAAUCUUAAUUGAAGAGCUCAAAUCUAAGGUUUCAAUAGCUGAAAGUAAUAAAGAUAGUGCAGAAGAACAAUGCAUUGUGCUAUCUGAAAAGAACGAAAAACUUCAUAAAGAGUUGGAUCUCUUGAAGUCCAGAAUAGAUAUCCUGAAAUCAUUUUUGGAUCAAGCUAGCAAUACAAAAUUAUCAACUGCAAAAGAAAUUGAUACCAGAACCAAGUUUAUCAUGGAUUUGGUAAUGCAAGUAGCUUCUGAAAGGGAGCGCAUCAAUAAUCUGCUAGAUGCCUUAAAACUGGAAAAUAAAAGAUUGGUAAGAAAGCUUAAGGAGACUAAAAUUGGUGCAGGCAUCAAUGGACUAAAUAACAGAAAUGAAGAUCAAGCUUCCAACAAUAUGGACCCAUUUGAUGAAGAAGGAAUUGAACACUUCAAUAAAACUUUUCAGGCAGGUGGGUGAACAAUCAGAAGUUGCAAACACCGAAACUCAACCAACAUCGUCUGUUUCAGCAAAUAGGCCGGCAAAUUGGAGAAACGUUAUAUUUCUUUCUUUGACAAUUUUUAUCCCCCUGAUUUCUGUGUUAGUCUUCUUCUUUUUGGAUGAAAAUACAUUUUCUUUUCUGAAAGGUUUUGAGGGCUAAGUUAUGACCUAGGAAAUUUUGUUUGUGCAGUUGUGCUUCUCUCUAGUCCUUUAGCUUCUUCAUUGUAUAUUCAAUAUUCAUGUAAUUUUUGUGAUCUUAGAGUGAAUGUAAACUAAUAUUACAAUAAAUUGUAGAUUAUUCAUUCAUGAGUGACAGAACAAGAGUUUGUGUUUAAUAAGGCACAAAUGAUUGAGAUUUCUGCUAGAAAA